UGAUGCUCCUAUCGAACUGGGUCCGUCCAUGGACCAAUCGGAACGAAUCGAACUAAACCCACGAGCAGCUGGCCCGUUCAGCGAUGUGUAGAAAGAGCCUAAUGAUAUUGGGUAGAGUUGGGCUGGUUCUGGCUUUAUUGAAGAAAAAGUUCUAGAUUAUUACACUAGAAUACUAGACUAGAUUUCAGAAUGUUUACGAAUGCGAGAAAAUGCUGGAUGCAGUCACGCAGAUGACAAGUGUAUUUGAGUUUUGCCACGUAGUAGCCAAGUGUCGCGCCAAGCACCAUCACUGUCUAUCUUUCAUCUCGUAUAAAAGACGUCACAUAAAGAUGAAGAUGAAAAGCAAACAAGAAGAAACUAAGAAAUGGCGGAAGCAAGGCCAAGAGCUGUCGUCUGUGACGAUAGAUGUGGCUGUCCUUCACCGUGCCCGGGUGGCACCGCAUGCAGGUGUGUAUCAGCUGAAGACGUCUCAAGCAUGGAGCACAAGCUGUGCUCCUGUGGCGAGCACUGCAGCUGCAACAUCUGCACAUGUUCGAAAAGUGAAGUCACCGCGACGGGCAGGGCUUUCUGCAAGUGCGGUCCCGGUUGCACUUGUACCACCUGCGCCGCUUAAGUAGUCGGGGUUAUAAAUAUUAGCUCUGUGCCGUCUCCAUCUGUAUGUGGGGAAGUAAUGUCGUUCUAAUGCUAUCUAAUUAGCUGUCUAGGCAGCUGCUUUGUUGGCUGAUCUAUCAGUAAUCGAGUACGUACUGGCUUAGCGUAAUAAGAAUAAGAAGCUUUUUCUUUCAAUGUUCAUAUUAUUAUAUAGCAGUUCGAUUGGCCUCUGAA